ACUUCUCACUGGCUCCGCAUCCUGUAUGCUCCAGGCACUUAGGGCGCUCACAGAGCCUCCACAGUGUUGACCUGUCUCACGCAGCCUCCACCUUCAACCCCUCCCAGGUGCUUUGUGUUCGCAACAUUAUUCUCAAGCAUCCCUGGGGCUGCGGUGGGGUUCUGGUUGUUGUGGGGGGAGGGGGGCACGAGAGAGUGACAGGAGGAAGAAUCUAGAGGGCACCAUGAACUAAUGGCAGGAAUGAAGGAACCUGGCUGGAGAGGUGUGGGCAGAUGUUUCGCUUAUAGCCUUGUAGCCUGGAGAAAGGUUCCAUUCAGAGGAAGGAGGAAGAGCCCAAGAACAGUCCCUUUCUGCCCCUGUCACUUCCUCUUUCCUCCCUCCAGCUGUGUUAUCUCCCAAACCAACCCCUCCCCCACUUUGUUCCCCAACCCUGACCCUGAGUAUUUGAUUUGGAACAGAGGACAGAGGCUUAUGUGGGCCACUGAAAGUCCAGGUUCCUACCACAGCCCCACCUCCCAAGCCCGGCCUGACCCCUGGCUCCCUCCAGCUUCAGCUCCACCCCCACCCAACCCUCUGCCCUUGGCUGAUUCUCUUCAAUGUACCCAUCAGGCCUCUUGUCCAGCAGCACCAGCCAGAGACCAGGAACCUCCAGACUAAAAGAGUGUUUUGGUGAUAGGCAUGGGUGAAGGUGGAGCUGCGAGUGAGGAAGGAUUUGAGAGGAGAUGUAAGCCUGGACAGCUUCCCCGCUGCCCCUCCAUAUCUCCCAGUGCCCAGCACUGGACACAGCCUGGCCAGAGCCAGCUGUUUGCAGACCUGAGUCAAGAGGAGCUGACGGCUGUGAUGAGCUUUCUGACCCAGCAGCUGGGGCCAGGCCUGGUGGAUGCAGCCCAGGCCCUCCCAUCAGACAACUGCAUCUUCUCCGUGGAGCUGCAGCUGCCCCCCAAGGCUGCAGCCCUGGCACACCUGGACAGGGGGAGCCCCCCGCCUGCUCGUGAGGCACUGGCCAUCGUCUUCUUUGGCGGACAACCCCAGCCCAACGUGAGUGAGCUGGUGGUGGGACCACUGCCACACCCCUCCUACAUGCGGGAUGUGACUGUGGAGCGUCAUGGGGGUCCCCUGCCCUAUCACCGACGCCCCGUGCUCAUCCGAGAGUACCUGGACAUAGACCAGAUGAUCUUUGACAGAGAGCUGCCCCAGGCUGCUGGUCUCCUCCACCACUGCUGCUUCUACAAGCACCAAGGAAGGAACCUAGUCACGAUGAACACGGCUCCCCGGGGUUUGCAAUCAGGAGACCGGGCCACCUGGUUUGGCCUCUACUACAACAUCUCAGGGGCUGGGUUUUUCCUGCACCCCGUGGGGUUGGAGCUGCUGGUAGACCACAAGGCUCUGGACCCUGCCCUCUGGACCAUCCAGAAGGUGUUCUUUCAAGGCCGCUACUAUAAGAGUCUGGCUCAGCUGGAGAACCAGUUUGAGGCCGGCCUGGUGAAUGUGGUGCGGAUCCCAGACAAUGGCACAGGUGGGUCCUGGUCCCUGAAGUCCCAGGUGCCCCCGGGUUCGGCUCCCCCUCUGCAGUUUCAUCCCGAGGGCCCCCGCUUCAGUGUCCAGGGGAGUCAAGUGGCCUCCUCAUUGUGGACUUUCUCUUUUGGUCUUGGAGCAUUCAGUGGCCCGAGGAUCUUUGACAUCCGCUUCCAAGGGGAGAGAUUGGCCUAUGAAGUCAGCGUCCAGGAGGCCUUGACGGUCUAUGGUGGCAAUUCACCGUCUGCUCUGCGAAGCCGGUACACAGAUGGUGGCUUUGGCUUGGGCCGCUUCUCUUCACCUCUGACCCGUGGGGUCGACUGCCCCUACCUGGCCACCUACGUGGACUGGCACUUCCUUUUGGAGUCCCAAGCCCCCAAGACAACAGAUGCCUUUUGUGUGUUUGAACAGAACCAAGGCCUACCCCUGAGGCGACACCACUCAGAUAUCCACUCCCACUAUUUUGGGGGCCUUGCAGAGACAGUUCUGGUCAUCAGGUCUGUGUCUACCAUGCUCAACUAUGACUAUGUGUGGGAUAUGGUCUUCCACCCCAACGGGGCCAUAGAAGUCAAAUUGCAUGCCACGGGCUACAAUAGCUCAACGUUCCUCUUUGGUGCUGCCCGAAGUUAUGGGAACCAGGUUGGGGAGCACACGCUGGGCACUGCCCACACCCACAGUGCCCACUUCAAGGUAGAUCUGGAUGUAGGAGGACUGAAGAACUGGGUCUGGGCUGAGGACAUGGUCUUCGUCCCCAUGGCUGUACCCUGGAGCCCUGAGCACCAGAUGCAGAGGCUGCAGGUGACCCGGAAGCUGCUAGAGACAGAGGAGCAGGCCACCUUCCCCCUGGGAAGUGCCACCCCUCGCUACCUGUACCUGGCCAGCAACCACAGCAACAAGUGGGGUCACCCUCGGGGCUACCGCAUCCAGGUGCUCAGUUUUGCUGGAGAGCCGCUGCCCCAGAACAGCUCCAUGGAGAGAGCCUUCAGCUGAGGGAGGUACCAGCUGGCCGUGACCCAGCGGAAGGAGGAGGAGCCCAGCAGCACCAGCAUCUACAAUUUGAACGACCCUUGGACACCCACCGUGGACUUCACUGACUUCAUCAACAAUGAAACUGUUGCAGGGCAGGACUUGGUGGCCUGGGUGACAGCUGGUUUCCUGCACAUCCCACAUGCAGAGGACAUUCCCAACACGGUGACUGUGGGGAAUGGUGUGGGCUUCUUCCUCCGACCCUACAACUUCUUUGACCAGGACCCCUCCUCUGAUUCUGCGGACUCCAUCUAUUUCCGGGGGGACCAGGAUGCUGGGGCCUGUGAGGUCAACCCCCUGGCUUGCCUCCCCAAGGCUGCUGACUGUGCCCCUGACCUCCCUGCCUUCUCUCAUGGGGGCUUCUCUCAUAUCUAGGUGGUCCCUGGGAUGGGGAAUGUGUCCAGGGCCCCAGGGCCAGGGUGUGUGGAGAGGGGGAGCAGUGGGCACUGGGCCAGGAAGCCUGAUCUCCCACUAAGAUCCUCUCCUCCCCUGCCCCCAAGAUCCUCUCUCCCAUCACCCUUCUUUGCAUCACCCUCCUAUUGGAAGCAUCCUGAGCCUGUGAUGCCUGCCACAGCAGGGACUCAACUUUGUUGACCCUAGACCUGCUGGGUUUCUGUCCCAGAGAGGAGAGGAAUGGCCAGCUGGAGCUGGAGUGAUGGCCUAGCUUUUUCCCAGGAGACUUUUUGUUUCUAACAGUUUUUUAAAUUUUUUUUUUUACAAUUAGAUAUCAUUCACAUACCAUAAGAUUUAUCCUUUUAAUGUGUCCAAUUUAGUGGGUUUUAGUAUAUUCAUAAAGUUGUGCAACCAUCACUACUAAUUCCAGAACAUUUUCAUCACCGCAGAAAGAAACCCCAUACCUGAUAGCAGUCACUUCCUAUUUCCCUUCAACCCUUCCCAGCUCUACGCAACCACCAAGCUUUCUGUCACUACAGACUUGCCUAUAUUCUGGCCAUUACAUGUAAACAGAUCUAUACAACAUGUGGUCUUCUGUGAUUGGCUUCUUUCAGCAGAAUGUUUUUGAGGCGCAUCCACUUUGUAGCAUGAAACAAGACUUCAUUCUUGAGGGCAGAAUUGUAUUCCAUUGUAUGAAUGUUACCACAUUUUUGUUUGUUCAUUCAUCAGUUCAAGGACAUGUGGAUUGUUUCCACGUUUUGGUUAUUAUGGAUAAUGCUGCUGUGAACAUUUGUGUACAAGUUUUCAUGUGGGCAUAUGUUUUCACUUCUCCUGGUACAAAGCUGGGAGUGGAAUUGCUGGGUCAUAUGUUUAACCUUUUGAGGAGGCUGCCAGACUGCUUGCCAAAGUGAUUGUACCUUUUUUUUCCUCUUUUUCUCUUUUUUAUUGUGGUAAAACAUAACAACGUAAGAUUUACCAUCGGACCAUCUUUACUAGUAAAUAUACAGGCCAAUGGCAUUAAGUACAUUCGGAUGCUUUGUUGGGCCUGCUCAGCUCCUCCUCUGCCCUGGGUCUUGAAAAUGAAAGUGAGGCCUCUAAGACCUCCGGGUAGGGUCCCUUCCUGGCCUGUGUCCCAGCUGUUGGGAAGGUGCUUCUCUGUUUCGUUCCCUGUCAUCCUAGCACGUUUCUUCUCUGCUCUUUCUCCCUCCUCUUCCUCUUGCUACUUCAGCUUCUACUCCCUGGCCUUCCCUCUAAGGUCCUGGGUGGAUGUCCCUGCUGCUUCAGGUCCUGAAAUUCUCCCCCAUCCCUCAAUUCUGGUGUCCUCCUCUGUCCCUGGGCUGGGGAAGCCUAGGACAGCAAGGGGCUAUCUUGUGGGAGAGAAAGACAAUCCCUGGUUGUCUUCUUGUGGGAGACAUUGGUGUAUGGACAGCUUUCUUUCUUUCUUUUUCUUUUUGUUAAUCCUCAACAAAAAAAAAGUGAGCUGGAAAGGAACUGAGUUCUGGCAAAGGGACCUUCAUACAAAGACUAAACACUGUGGAAGCUACAUUCUUGAUUCAAGAAUAAUAGGAUAUGUUGACAAGAGCUCAGCUGGGAAAG